AUGACCUCCGCCCGCUGUGUUUACUGCAACGACAGCUACCACGUCCCUCACGUGAACACGUCGGCCUCAGCGCCCACGUCACGUGAACACGUCGGCCUCAGCUCCUCGUCACGUGAACACGUCGGCCUCAGCUCCCACGUCACGAUCAAUAACCGAGGGAGUGACCCAAGGAGACCUCAUAGCGGUAAAGGUCCUGAGAAUGGUCAUGCAGGAUCAGUAAUGGAAGGGAAGACUUCUAAUAUGGAUCGUGGAGAGUCCAUAAGUGUCCAUAACUCCAUGAAAGCUCAUGGAUGGUCAAGUCAGCGUCUCUCAAUCAUCAUCUUCCUCAAACGAGUGCGAGUAGAUCUCUCAGUCAUCAUCUUCCCCGUCAACAGGUGCACGCAGAUCAAGACGUACUCGUGGGACAACGCCCAGGUGAUCCUGGUGGGGAACAAGUGCGACAUGGAGGACGAGAGAGUCAUCUCCUACGAGCGAGGUAAACAACUCGCAGACCAACUGGGACUCGAGUUCUACGAGACCUCUGCCAAGGAGAACAUUAAUGUCAAGGCUGUGUUUGAGCGGCUGGUGGACAUCAUCUGCGACAAGAUGUCUGAGAGUCUGGACACAGACCCUAACCUGGUGAACGCUAACAAGGGCACUCGGCUCACAGAGAACCCACAGCCACAGAAUGGCUCCUGUCAGUGCUAACAUUCUGGGGGGUCGCUAAACUUCCUCGCCUUCCCCUCCUCCACCUCCCAUCCUUCUGUUCGCGCCUAACAUAAACUGACCAGCCACCAGCCACGCCCACGGAUAGACCCCCAGACCACGCCCACAACCCGACUAAAUCUGCGCUGCGCCGAAGAGUUGUCGUCGAGGAGGAUCGCGGGACAUGUGGGCGUGUGCGACGUUCCGUUGUUAUUCUUGCUGCGUUCACGCAGUAAACAUUAGCAGCAGAAACUCUAAAUACAGAAACAUUUUAAUUUAGAAACAAUUUUUGCUGUAAAUUGUAACAAGACUAUAUAUUUCCAGGGGUACGAACAAGGAUUAGCACAAGAAUAAACGCAAGUAUUUAGGUCAUUUCUGCUCUGCGUAGUUGUGUUAAUUCAAAUGAUAAAAUUUAAUUAUUCUCGAGGUUUACUCAAAAUUAGUAUGAAUGCUGUAAAUAUCUAUAGGAUUCCUUUUAUCCUCUGUUUCCGAAAGUAGCAAUUUAACGAAGCUGAAAAUUACCUAGGAAAAUUUUGAAAGAGACAGGAAGCAUGCUUAACCUCAUCUGUUAACAGGAGCAGCCAUCUGGGCGCUGUGUAUGGAAAGAGUAGCUAUUGGAUUACCAAUGAUAGUGUCUUCGUCUACGUAGAUCAUCUACCAGUUAGGAUACCUACUAGGUAGAUUGUCUGCUAGGUGGAUUUUCGACCAGUUAGCAUAUAAUAUAAUUAGUAUCUUGACCAGUUGUGAAUUAGGGUGUAGAUGGGAAGACACAAACAUGGCCGCAUUUGUACUGCUUAAAGACACAUUUUUGUCCUACAUGUCACCAUGUCAUUGUGAAUUGGGAGACACGAAUGUGUUUCAGUAACCACUUUAACGGUUUGACUAAAACUAUCUCCAGUUGCUGACUGUACAGUCUAUAGCAAGAACAAUAUAGAUAGCCUCAACUACUGUAUCUCAGAGCCUAGCGUUGACAUUCUCAGUUACGAAUAUCACAUUAAUUUCCUCAAUCACUUCACUGUUAGUUUAUCGUAGUGUAACUGUCUUAGUUAUUUAUCUAACGCAUAACUCCAUUCUCCCUCCCUCUCGUUUCCUUCUAUUUAUUUCUAUAUAGACGUUUAUUGAAUAUAGACUAGUAGAUAGGACUAUAAGAUGUACACACACACAAGGAAUAUAAAACACAGUGAAUGUUUGAGUUGUGUAGAUUAAUAAUACUAUAAUGGCUGACCUUUUUGUGAUGACCAAAUAACGAGCCUGGACAAACGUUUGUGGAAGACAAGGACUAAAGGACAUAUUAUAAAGGAUAUAAUCAUAAAUUACUGAGCGGAGUUCUAAUCUAGACUAAAAGAUGUCAAGAAUUAUUCAAUUGGAGAUGGAAAAAUUAAGUGUAAAUAGUUUCUGUCAUUUUAAUUUCGUUUGAUUCUGGCAUAAUAUUAUUGUGGUUGAAUCCUAACCUUGCCCUUUUUGGAUGAUAGAGCUUCCAACUGGAAAAAAAUAUACGAAAAUUGUUUUUAAUAAGCCACUCGGUAUGUCCAUUAAAAGCUCCUAAUAUACGGUACUUAAGACCACCAUAAGCAUGAAUACCUUUGAUGAAAAUUGGCUACACACACACAAAUAUAUAUAUAUAUAUAUAUAUAUAUAUAUAUAUA